GUCUCGCAGGGUAUUUCCGGGACGACAUCUUGUGCCACUUCUGUGCCAGUAUGAUCAGCGGCCUCGUCACCACCGCCGCCUCCAUGCCUGUCGACAUCGCCAAGACCCGCAUCCAGAACAUGCGGAUGAUCGAUGGCAAACCCGAGUACCGCAAUGGGCUGGACGUGCUGCUGAAGGUGAUUCGGCACGAGGGUUUCUUCAGCCUCUGGAAGGGCUUCACCCCGUACUACGCCCGCCUGGGGCCCCACACCGUCCUCACCUUCAUCUUCCUCGAGCAGAUGAACGCCGCCUACCGCCGCCUGGUGCUCCGCGCCUGACCUUUGACCCCACCCCCGUG